AUGCGUAUUCGCCUACAGCCUCGCAGGAGACCACAAGGUAAGCGACCCCCAGGUAAGCUGAAUGUUGCUUUGUUGUCUUUGCCUGAUCACCGUCUCCAUUUCAGCAAUGAGCUAGCUCAACGGCUAGACAACCUUCCUAUCGCUGCCGCCGCCGACGACGCCGCCGCAGCUGCCGAGAACGCCUCCGCGGAGAACCGCUGGUGUCAACUGCGUGACACAGUCCAGUCGACGGCGCUCGCCGUCCUCGGUCGCGCUCCCCGCCAACACCAGGACUGGUUCGACGACAACGACGCUGCCAUCAGCAAUCUGUUUGCCGAGAAGAACCGCCUACACAAAGCCUACGUAGAUCACCCCACUGAUGCCACCAAAGCUGCCUUCUACCGCAGUCGCCGCCAACUUCAGCAACGACUGCGCGAGAUGCAGGACGCCUGGACUGCUCGGAAAGCUGAGGAGAUCCAAGGCUACGCGGACCGCAACGAGUGGAAGAACUUCUUCUCUGCAAUCAAAGCUGUCUACGGUCCGCCGACGAAGGGCACUUCUCCUCUCCUCAGCGCCGACGGCAGCACUCUCCUGACUGAGAAGACGCAAAUCCUACAGCGAUGUGCCGAGCACUUCCGAGGCGUCCUCAACCGCCCUUCCGUCAUCUCCGAAGCCGCCAUCGCCCGCUUGCCGCAAGUGGAGACCAACGUGGACCUCGACCUCCCGCCAUCUCUCCAGGAAACCAUCAGGGCCGUGCAGCAGCUCUCUAGCGGGAAAGCACCCGGAUCGGACGCAAUCCCUGCUGAGCUCUACAAGCACGGAGGUCCCAUACUGAUGGAUCACCUGACUGCGCUCUUCCAGGAGAUGUGGCGUCAAGGUGAAGUCCCGCAUGAUUUCAAGGACGCAAAUAUCGUGCACCUUUACAAGCGAAAAGGGAAUCGCCAAGUCUGCGACAACAACCGCGGCAUCUCCCUACUGAACAUCGCCGGGAAGAUCUUCGCUCGCAUCCUGCUCAACCGCCUCAACAACCAUCUGGAACAGGGCCUUCUGCCGGAGAGCCAAUGCGGCUUCCGUCGUCAUCGUGGGACCACGGAUAUGAUCUUCGCAGCCCGCCAACUUCAGGAGAAGUGCCAGGAGAUGCGGACCCUUCUGUACUCUACCUUCGUGGACCUGACGAAAGCCUUCGACACGGUGAAUCGUGAAGGACUGUGGAAGAUCAUGCAGAAAUUCGGCUGUCCGGAGCGAUUCACUCAGAUGGUGCGUCAGCUGCACGACGGUAUGAUGGCGCGAGUCACGGACAACGGAGCUGUCUCAGAGGCAUUCGCAGUGACCAACGGAGUGAAGCAGGGCUGUGUGCUGGCGCCUACCCUCUUCAGUCUCAUGUUCUCUGCCAUGCUGAUGGACGCCUACCGCGACGAACGCCCUGGAAUCCGCAUCGCCUACAGGACUGACGGUCACCUCCUGAAUCAACGGCGGAUGCACUUCAAAUCGCGCGUAUCCACAACCACCGUGCACGAACUCCUCUUCGCCGACGACUGCGCCCUGAACACCACCUUCGAAGCGGAGAUGCAACGCAGCAUGGACUUAUUCGCCGCCGCCUGCGAGAACUUUGGGCUGGUCAUUAACACGCAGAAGACGGUGGUGAUGCAUCAACCGCCACCCAACUCAUUCACUGCCCCCAACGCGCCGCCGCAAAUCAACGUAAAUGGGACUCAACUGCAAGUGGUAGAUAACUUCUCGUACCUGGGCAGCACGCUCUCCCGCAACACCAAGAUCGACGACGAAGUCGCCAACAGGAUCUCGAAAGCCAGUCAAGCCUUCGGUCGCCUCCAAAGCACACUUUGGAAUCGUCACGGUCUCCAACUGAGCACAAAGCUGAAGAUGUACAAGGCCGUCAUCCUGCCGACGCUACUGUACGGAGCGGAGACCUGGACGGUGUACACGAGGCAGGCACGUCGACUAAACCACUUCCACCUCAGCUGUCUCCGCCGCAUCCUGAGGCUGAACUGGCAGGACCGCAUCCCCGACACCGAAGUGCUGGAACGGACGGGAAUUCUGAGCAUCUACUCCAUGUUGAGACAAUUGCAGCUGCGCUGGAGCGGCCAUCUGGUGCGCAUGGACGACGAGCGACUACCCAAACGACUCUUCUACGGAGACGUCGCGACGGGUUCUCGUCGUCAAGGAGGCCAAAUUCGCCGUUACAAAGAUACUCUGAAGUCCUCCCUGAAGCGCCUGCACAUCAACCCGACCAACUGGGAAGAGCUCGCCCGCGAUCGUCCGACAUGGAGGAGAACAGUGAAGACGGGCGCUGCUAUCUACGAAGCCAACCGCAUCGCCGCCGCCAAAGUGAAACGCGAAGUCCGCAAAUCGCAACUUCGCCCAAUACGCAACGCCGCCGCACAACCUCUCCCUACGUGUCCUCGAUGUCAACGGACAUUCCGGGCACGAAUCGGACUUGUUGGACUUCUUCGAUUCAACUGCACCUCUCGAACUGCUCCAGCCAUCGUCCCCGCGCCCGCCUCUUCCUCGUCCUAUCUUCCGCCAGCUAACUCUGACACUCCUUCUGCACCACCACUUCCAUCCUCCUCCUUCUCCUCCACUGCCCCAGCGGUGGCCGUUCAGGCUGCCGUCUCACACAUCGCCAACCACGACACAGCAACUGCAACCACCCCCAUCUGCCCUCACUGCGAUCGCACCUUCACUUCACGCAUCGGCCUGGUCGGUCACUUGCGAAUCCAUCGCACAGAGACUGGCGAACCAGUGCCUGGAGCACCAACCUACACUCACCGCACUCGCCUCCACUGCCCACACUGCCCUCGCACCUUCAGGCAUCGCAUGGGUCUAUUCGGCCACAUGCGCAUCCACAACGAGCUGCGGUAG